AUGGAGGCAUCUAGUGGAACUGUAGAUAAUUACAGAUUUACUUUUUACUCUCCAAAUGAAAUAAGAGCUCUUUCAGUGCUGGAAGUUACAAAUGACUCUAUUUUUGAUAGCUUCACGGGUCGGGUUAUUGACCGUGGUCUGCACGACUUAGAUAUGGGCCCAUGCACUGAUAGGGAUUUAUGCAUUCAAUGUGGUUUCGACUAUCUACAGUGUCCUGGGCAUAUGGGACAUAUUGAAUUUUCAAAACCAGUCUACAAUCCAUUGAUUUUUGAUCUAGUCGUUCGACUCCUAAAAUCCUUCUGCUUUAAAUGCUUCCGGAUUAAUGAAGAUCCCAUCCUUGUUGGUUGCUUAAAACUACUCGGAUUUCCAGAACCCUUACUUCCUUACCAACCUAAACAGUCUGUCACAAUUAAUCUUACUGGCCUUUCUGUUUCUGAGCUUCGAAGACUAGCCCUCAAAGAGAUGACAGCUACUUCUCGUACAUUGUGUAAAAGAUGUAAUACUAUAUCAUGGAUGUCUCGUCAUUUAAACCAUCAGCAGAUUGAAGUAAAGCCGGCUAAAGAAACCAAAGGCAGAAUUAGUCGAGCUGCUAAAAAGAAUGAGGAGCAGGAGGAAACUUUUGAGCCUGGUGAAGUUGAAGUCUGGGCAGAACUUGAAGCCCUCACCAACCCCAAUGCCGCGCGUCCUGUUGUAACCUUUGAAGAGGGCGUUGCAAGUCGUGAACUGGACGAUUUACUAGAAUCUGUUAGAGAACGGCUAAAGGAAAUCUGCCCGAAUGCACAGAAGUUUGGAGUUGUCACACCAGAUCUAGUACGGGAUAUGCUUCGUUGUGUUUGGAUGCAAGAUGCUGCUAUUCUGCGAACUGUAUUGCCUUUCCUCAAUGCAGUUUCCUCAAAGUACCAGUAUGCAACCGAUGUUUUCUUUAUGGAUGUCAUGCCUGUUUCCCCCAAUAUUUGCCGAUGGCCAAAGCGACUGGGUGGAUCUCCCUAUGAGAGCUCGGUUACAGCUCUUUUAUCACGUGUUCUAACUCGUUCAAAGAGGCUUAAGGAAAUCUACGAAUAUCUUUCCGAUAACAAUUGGCUCACUCCCGAUGGGCGUCUUAAUGUGGCUGCUGUCGAGAAGCAAAGCAUGGGCGAUUCUUCUGCUCUAACACCUGCGCGUUCCAUCGAUGCUCUUAACUCUGUAUGGGUACUUUUGCAAGCAGCUGUUAAUGGGGUGUAUGAUAUGACAAGAAGUGUACCACCAACGGGUCUUGAAAAACGACAAACAGCGGUAGCCUCCUCUAAGUCUCAUCCAGGCUUCAAGCAACUCAUAGACAAGAAGGAAGGUUGGUUUCGGGCGCGUAUCAUGGGCAAAAGAGUUCAAUUUUCCUGCCGUUCCGUCAUCUCCCCUGAUCCAAAUCUUUGUGUUCAUGAGGUUGGAGUGCCUGUAUAUUUUGCUCAAAGACUGUACUUCCCUGAACGUGUCACAUCCUUCAAUAUCGACAAACUGCGGGCUUUAGUAAUUGCAGGUCCAGGCAAGUACCCCGGUGCGCUCGCUUUGGAAUUGCCCGAUGGAAAGGUUCAAAACAUUCCUGCUGGUGACUCAGAAGAGGCUGUCAAACGUCGGGUCAACAUGGCACAACGUCUCGUCACAUGCCAACUCGCAAUGCAUAAAGAAUGGCCUACGAUUGUGCGUCGUCACUUAGAAGAUGGUGAUUACUUGUUGAUGAAUCGUCAGCCCACUUUGCACAAGCCCUCUAUGCAGGCUCACAAAGUGCGCGUAAUCAAGGCACCAUGGGCCAAAACUCUGCGCUUGCACUACGCCAUCUGUAAGGCCUACAACGCUGAUUUUGAUGGGGAUGAAAUGAAUGGGCACUUUCCUCAAUCUUAUCAGGCGAAGGCUGAACUGACGCAUCUCUCUGCCGUGCCUUUUCAUUACCUGGCUCCCAAGGAUGGCGCACCACUAGCUGGUCUUAUUCAAGAUCACGUCAUCGCCGCAGCUAAAUUGACUAUGCGUGACGUAUUCCUAACUGAAGCCGAGUACUUCGAUUUAGUCCAUGGUGGUAUUAUUGCUGCGGUUGGAGAGAAUGGUCUCAUUCCAGACAUCGCUUUAAUGCCCCCUUGUAUCUUAAAGCCUCAACGACUUUGGACGGGAAAACAGGUGAUAUCAACUCUGCUUAUGAAUAUAGCACCCGAUGGCCUUCCCUACCUCAGUCACUAUGUGAAAGGGAAGAAUGUGAAGGUGUCAAUGUGGGUUGGUGGUAAUGAUGAGAGAUCCCGAAUUAUGAAUGAUGUUGACUUGGUGAUUGUGGAUGGCUACCUGGCUUCCGGAAUGUUGGAUAAGGCACAUAUUGGAUCGGCUGCUGGUGGCUUAGUUCACAGCGUCUAUGAAGCAUAUGGUCCACAUGCUGCCGCUCAACUUCUCUCGGGUAUCUCACGAUUAUCGGAUCGCUUCCUCAAGUCUUCGAGCUUUACCAUGUCGAUUGCUGAUCUUAUGCUCACUAAGGAGGCUGAUAAGACGAGAAAAACACAUUUUAAGCGAUUGGACGCUCUCGGGUGUGCCGCCUUCUCGGAGACUUUUAACGAAUCUUUAGAGAAUCUGACAAAGGAGAAAAUCUGCGACGUUUACAGAAAGGCACAAUUUGCUAAAUCCUCUGACGAAGCCUACGAUGGGAAAUUACCUGCACUCGACCAAUCCUUGGGUAAACUCACCCACAAGGUACUUGAUGACAUCAAUAAGGUUGUGCUUCCAUAUGGUCUCUACAAGGAAUUCAUCUUAAAUUCACUACAUCGCAUGGUUGCCUUUGGUUCUAAAGGUGGUAUGGUAAGUUGUUGCGUAUAA